AUUUUUUAAUAAACACUAAAAAACAAUUGAUGUCAAAGCACUAAAGCAUUAUUAAAGUGAUUAAAAAAUCUUUAGUCCUUGGAAAGUGGAAGAUUUCUCGCAGAAGAGGACGUCUAGAGAUUCGAGUGAUCCACUCAUCACUCUUCUCUCACAUCUAAUAAUCCAAUACAUACAGUUUCGCGAAGUUGAAAGCUUUAUAUCAUCAGCAACAACAAAAUCCCAGGUGGAUUUGGUUUGGUUCAAAUUUUCUUGUGGUUUUGACUAGAAAAAAAUCAUGUUAUGAAGUGAAAGUUUACUUCUUGUUAGCGAAGUAGGGGACUAAGGAGGUUAAAAUGACGGCGAUUUAUGGGGAGUAGAACUGAUGCAGAAGAUGAGAAGAAGGCUGUCGGGAUGCCGAGCUUUGAUCCUCAGUUGCCAAUCUCAAAUGCAAUUGUAGAGAGAAGCACAGUUCAUCCUUACCGUGUUACUGAUUUUGGGGUGUUCUUAGAAGACGAUGCUAUUGACCUGAGUGCAGGUACUGUGUUCAAUUCAGCAAAAGAAAGUACUCAAGCAAUCCCUUCUGACCGCCUCCAUAGUGGCACUUUCGAGAAGAAACAGUCUACUACUACAUUUAACAUUAAGUCAUCUGCUUCUCAAGUGGAGUCUCAUAGAUUACCCUUAGAAAAAGUUCAACAGUCAAACCAGGUUUCUAUACCAAUUGUUGAUACAGAAAACUGGGGGGAGAAUCGGAGGUUGCCAUUAGAAAAGGUUCAACAGUCCAACCGGGUUUCUAUACCAAGUGUUAAUACAGAGAACUGGGGGGAGGCCAAUAUGGCUGAUGCUAGUCCAAGGACUGAUAUCUCAACGGAUGCAGACACAGACGAUAAAAACCAAAGGUAUGAUAGAGGUCAAUCUACCGCUCUCGUGGCAUCUGAUUCCAGUGACAGAACAAGGGACAAAAUGGACCAGAAGACUCUUCGCAGGCUUGCUCAAAAUAGAGAAGCUGCAAGAAAAAGCCGUUUGAGGAAGAAAGCAUAUGUCCAGCAGCUGGAGAGUAGCCGCUUGAAGCUCAGCCAACUGGAACAGGAGCUCCAACGGGCACGGCAGCAGGGAAUCUUCAUAUCAAGCUCAGGAGACCAAACUCAUUCAAUGAGUGGAAAUGGGGCCAUGGCAUUUGAUGUAGAAUAUGCACGAUGGCUGGAGGAGCAAAAUCGACAAAUUAAUGAGUUGAGAUCAGCUGUCAAUUCUCAUGCUGGUGAUGCAGAACUUCGUAUUAUCACUGAUGGUAUAAUGGCUCACUAUGAUGAAGUUUUCAAGCUGAAGAGCAACGCAGCCAAGGCUGAUGUUUUCCAUUUGCUGUCUGGCAUGUGGAAGACACCUGCAGAGAGGUGUUUCUUGUGGCUUGGUGGCUUCCGUUCAUCUGAGCUCCUCAAGCUUCUUAUGAAUCAAUUGGAGCCUUUAACAGAGCAGCAGUUGGUGGGCAUUGGCAACUUACAGCAGUCCUCCCAACAGGCGGAAGAUGCAUUAUCUCAAGGGAUGGAGGCAUUGCAGCAGUCCCUCUCUGAGACUUUGUCCAGCGGAUCUCUUGGCUCCUCAGGGCCAUCUGGAAAUGUGGCAAAUUACAUGGGUCAGAUGGCCAUGGCCAUGGGAAAGCUAGGUACCCUUGAGGGAUUUAUUCGCCAGGCUGACAAUUUGAGGCAGCAAACCUUACAACAAAUGCACCGAAUAUUAACCACCCGUCAGUCUGCUCGUGCUCUCCUUGCAAUACACGAUUACUUUUCCCGUUUACGUGCUCUUAGUUCCCUCUGGCUCGCGCGACCUAAAGAGUGAAUACGCAUUGCAUCUGAAUACAAGUUGCGCAGGAAAACCCUAAAAGCCACAUUCCACAUCCAGCAGGGCUUCAUGUUUCUAGUGUUCAAAAUACCUUUUCUUUUCUGCAUCUCUCCUGUUGUAGUUUCAGAUGUAUCAUGGUACUGUUCUUUCUGUCAUACUAAUCAUCUUAGAGCAUAGAAUUUGAAUCUUUCAAGUACAGUAUGCAUCGAUGUUAAUUAUUUAUAGUCUCAUCCUCCUCAUCCUCCUCCUGUUUUCGUUAUCCCCAGUACUUGAGAAUUUCAAAAUGAAUUUGAAAGUUGGGACACUUUCAUUUUGAGUUAA